UAGAAGCGGCAGAAGAGAAGCUUAGCUGCCACUACGAGGCCAGCCGCAGUUUGAACGCCCCGCCCUGCCCAGUUCUGGACCAAGGAGCCCAAAGCCUCCCUCACCAUCCAUCAGUCCACAGGUCCUGGUUCGUAUCCAGGUGAAUACACAUGGCUCUUCUUCUACGCAAAAUUAAUCAGGUGUUGCUGUUCCUUCUGGCCCUGACCCUUUGUGGGAUUCUGUACAAGAAGGUUCAUAAGGCAGUUGUGCUCAAGCAUGAAGCAGUUGAUGAUUCUCAGUCCCCUGAGGACAUGGAAGAGGGGAUUCCAGUGGUGAUCUGUGCAGCUGCAGGGAGGAUGGGAGCGACCAUGGCUGCCAUCAACAGCAUCUACAGCAACACUGACGCCAACAUUGUGUUCUAUGUAGUCGGACUACGGAACACUCUGUCUCGAAUAAGAAAAUGGAUCGAACAUUCUAAACUCAGAGAAAUAAACUUCAAAAUUGUGGAGUUCAACCCUGUAGUCCUCAAGGGGAAGAUUAGACCAGACUCAUCGAGGCCUGAGCUGCUCCAGCCUCUGAACUUUGUUCGAUUUUAUCUCCCACUGCUUAUCAAUCAACACGAGAAAGUCAUCUAUUUGGACGACGAUGUCAUUGUACAAGGCGACAUCCAGGAACUGUACGACACCACCUUGGCUCUGGGCCAUGCUGCAGCCUUCUCAGAUGACUGUGAUUUGCCCUCCGCUCACGACAACAACCGACUUGUGGGGCUGCAGAACACAUACAUGGGCUAUCUGGACUACCGCAAGAAGACCAUCAAGGACCUUGGCAUCAGUCCCAGCACCUGCUCAUUCAAUCCUGGCGUGAUUGUUGCCAACAUGACUGAAUGGAGACACCAGCGCAUCACCAAGCAGCUGGAAAAAUGGAUGCAGAAGAAUGUAGAAGAAAACCUCUACAGCAGCUCCCUGGGAGGAGGAGUGGCUACCUCCCCAAUGCUGAUUGUGUUCCAUGGAAAGUACUCCACCAUCAACCCUCUGUGGCACAUAAGACACCUGGGCUGGAGCCCGGAUGCAAGAUAUUCGGAGCACUUUCUGCAGGAAGCUAAACUACUCCACUGGAACGGGAGACACAAGCCCUGGUACUUUCCUAGUGUUCACAAUGACUUAUGGGAAAGCUGGUUUGUUCCUGACCCUGCAGGGAUCUUUAAACUCAACCACAAUAGAUGACACACUCCAACCCUGCAAAUAUCCCCUGGAGAAAAACAGAACUGCCCUUUGUAACCCACCCUAACCCUGAUCUUUACGAGCAGCACCUCUGAUAUAUAUGAUCUACAAUGUAAGAAACAAAA